ACUGAUUCCUUGUUCGAUACCUGAGCGAACCCUGGAUGUUUCGGUUUUCUUUUCCACAUUCUACGAUAUUGAAACGGCAUUAAAGAAGUGACUCCACAAUCUAUACAUCAUCACAUCGUUAACGUCCCGCCGUUUCAUCAUCUCCCACAUCUCAGGACAGGGCUAGCCGAUCAAAAAAGCUUAGCUUAGCUUAACCGCUUUACCCAGGUGUUUGGUCCUGGUCCUACCUUAUAUCCCUUCUGUCAGCCUUGUACAAGCUUGACGCCGUGAAUACCACCAUUCGCUACGACGAGGCUGUAUUCAUCAUGGAGCAGACUAAGACGUUAAACGCUCUCGAGCCCUACCUCGCUCUCACCAAAUCCGCCACCUCCCCUCGCGCUGCCGCCGACCUAGUCACACAAGCAACAUCGAACCCGAACGCCUUCGUCUUCGCAGAGCUUCUCCAGACGCCUCAAAUCCAAGCUCUUAGCCAGUCCGCCGAAUAUGCAGCCUACCUCUCGCUUCUCCAAAUCUUCUCCUACGGCACCUACGCCGACUACGUACAAACCGCCAGUAGCGGGACCUCCCUCCCCUCUCUCAACGAAGCCCAAACCCUAAAGCUGCGACAACUAUCCAUGCUCACCCUCGCAGCCCGUGGACAAAGCAAUCUCUCCUACGACGUCCUCCAGCGCGAACUAGAUCUCCCCGACUCCCGCGCCGUCGAGCAACUCGCGAUUAGCGUCAUAUACGCACACCUCCUAUCCGCCCAACUCGACCCACGCAACCGCACAAUCCACGUAUCCAGCCUAUCCCCGCUCCGCGAUCUAGCACCAGACUCCGUACCCGCACUAAAAGCCGGACUCGACGAAUGGAGCGGACGCAUCGCAGCAUCCCUCGGUGAUCUACAAGCCCAAAUCACAGCGUACCAAUCCGAAGCCAUCCGCCGCGCCAAAGACCGCGCCGCCACCGAAGCAACACGCACCAAACUCAUCGAAGAAACUCGCAAAAGCGAGCUUGCCCUAAACACUGGCGUACACACCCGGGGCCAGAAAAAUAUUAUCGGUUCCGCCGUUGCCCAUCUCCGCGCUUCUGGACUUAGGAGUGGGAAGCGUGGAAGUGGGAGUUUAGAUGGUGGAUUGGAUUCCGAUGAGGCUAUGGAUGUAGAUGAGGAGGAGCCGGAGGACGCUGAUUCGGGGAGUGGUGGGGGUGUUGGUGGAAGUGGGGGCUUGGGAAAAAAGCCGAAGUCUAGUCGCCGGAAGCUACAAUCCUAACGGUGAUGGUGAUGCGUGGGAGUAUUGCUUAUGAAUUUGUUAUGAGGUUACGAAAUACGGAGGCAGAAGUUGCCUAUCAGGGUGGGGGCUAGUGCUAUGACAUUGGCGGCAGAAGUAUUCAGGUCGGUCGAUACUUCUUGCUAGUGUAUUUCGACGUAGAGAAAUAUUCACCAAGUCAAGAAAUGUAGAGCUGGACUAUUCGUGAAUCAUGAUGUUUGGUAUUAGCAGUCCACCCAAAAUGUCACUGGGAGUAUUAGAUGAAGCACACAAU